UUCACCUCGUGCUAUUGCGAGGAAAACAUAUAUUUCCUUCUCCAUCGCUUUCCGGAACAAGCACAGGUGAAAAUUACAUGGGACAUUUUUGCUGUCAUUAUAUCGAAUGUGACCAGGACGCUAAAUUGUGUUGCCCUUUGGAGUCAACUCAAGGCGUCUGCUGCAAACACAGCAGUAAUUUGA